AUGCCUGUGACAGACAUUAUCGAGAUGGUCGCUGGCUUGCUGACGAGGAUCACUACUACCAACGAUCGACAGCAUGAACAUGUACAUCGACCGGCCACACCACAAGAAGGCACUCUCACUGCUCAGUCGUCAUGUGUAUUGGCAUUCCAUGGCAAGAAUGUCCCGAGUAUCACGAUCCUAAGCUAUCUCAGCCGCAUCCACAAGUACUGCCCCACUACGUAUGAAGUAUUCCUCAGUUUGCUCGUCUACUUCGAUCGCAUGACAGAUAACUUCAACAAGCGUUUCCUACAAAGAGCAACCCAUCCAGCCAGAUCAGAUAGCUCCGACUCCCAAGCUUCAGCCGACACGGUCACAGACCAGAGUGUGCAUCAUGAAGAGGAGUCUCGCAUGGAGGAGGACGACACCGACUCACCACAAUUCUUCGUGGUUGACAGUUAUAACAUUCACCGGCUGGUUAUUGCAGGAGUUACUUGCGCCAGCAAGUUCUUCUCUGAUGUCUUCUAUACCAACUCAAGAUAUGCCAAGGUUGGUGGUCUGCCACUGGCAGAAUUGAACAACCUCGAAUUGCAAUUCCUCCUUCUUAACGAUUUUAGACUGAGCGUUCCUGUGGAAGAGCUGGAAGCUUAUGGCACCAUGCUGGUCGAGUUUUACGCAAGAGAAGUGGUCGCGCAACAGCAAGCUGCUGAAGCUGCACAUCAGCAAAUGCAGCAACCCUCACAAGCGGCAGAUGAUAUGUACAUGCAGAGCUCUAGGACGCCUCAGCAAACAGCUUGA